UAAGUAACAUUGCUAAUCAGCUGUCAAUUUGUAAACAUACGGAUUGUGAACGACCCAAAGAGUGGACAGAUAAAACUUUUUUUUGUGAUUAUCUUUUAUUAUUAUUAAGUGUUAUGAUUUGAAUUGAUAAGGUAAAAGCCUUGCUUUAUAUUAAUUCUGUAGCCACAUUGUAGAGGUGGAGAAAAUAGGGAUAGUGAAAUGGCAAUUUGUAUAGAACAGCUAUAUCCAGGAUCCGAUAUUUUCAGUCAGUUAGUUAUUCAAUCGUAUUACCUGGUAGCUACUAAACUCACUAUAUAAAAGGUUGACAGUGUUGGUAUGUUUUAGUAUAUAUUUUGCUGUGGAUUGCGGGAUUUUAAAAAGGUGGACACGCGGUCACACUCUUUUGCUCGGAUGAGCCCUCAUUAAAUUCACAAAUAGAAAAUAAAAAUUUUUCAGGGAAAAUGAAUUUAAAAAUGGAAUUGGUGUUAUUCGCCAUGUUAAGUGCUGUGGUUGGCAGCUGGGCAUUCUUGGAACAUGACAGUUGGAUUACGGUGGAGCUGAAGCACUCGCUUGUGCCCGAUGGCUUCUCCUUCCGCGGAAAUGUGACCAUUCCAAGCUUGAACUCCGGAUUGGCAAAUGUAGCCCAGCCGGCUUUAAGCGAGGCUGAGCUGGACAUGCUUAAGACCCUUGCCCGACAAAACGAAUUCUACCGUCUAAAGGCCACGGUAGUUUACUCAAACGGUGCCAAGGCGCAGUUCAUCACAUCCAACAAAGCUUGUAGGUUGCUGCAAGCACAGUUGAACGACGUGCUUUGGAUCUCGCUCGAUCCCUCUGGAUUCGUCACCGGGAUAACAGUCUCUGAGGACGCAGGCCCUGGCAGCGUUGGCUGUACCCAGGAGGACUUAAACAAGCUAGUAGAAUCACAAUUCAGCACAGAUGUCUUGAUCCGCCACGCAGAGUUGGCUCCUGUGCCAGACACGGCGGGUUUUAUUCAGAAAGUUGAGCGCGAGCGUGAGGCUAGAGAGCGUGGAGAAGUUCGCGACAACCGAGGAUUCUUUGCCAAAUAUUGGAUGUACAUCGUUCCGGUGGUGCUGUUGGUACUAGUUUCGGGAGCCACAAAUCAGGACGGUGCGAAAUAGGCAUGCCAUUGUUUAUAUGUUCCAGUUUAUUUUUCCUAAUAUUAAAUUUUCUAAAUUAAA